AUCGUCCCAUUCCCGAUGGUACGACCGCUCUCCGUCCGCCUUGUCUGCUGCCUGCAUCUCCAUAUUGUCUGUACUGUGUAUUGCAGAUGCGGGACGACGAUGUGCUCUGCAGUUGGACGGAGUGCUGCUCGAUCGAAUCUCGCCCCAAACCGGUAAUCAGCAUAGCCAGGGGCAGCUUCUAACCUCGCCUGGAAACACGUUCUUCGGCUACAACUCGAAAGGCAAUCGUCAUGAUUUCGAUAUCCUGAGACGGGCCUCGACCUCUUAAGGAUAUCAUCGUGGCGACAGCGUCACAAGUCUCCAUUGGCUAGCUGUAGCCAAUACAUUAAUUCACUCAAACGCAUUGAUGGACUUACCCGGGUCGACACCCGUUGGCUUCCUGCCACCGUUUUGCUUGCAUCACUGGUCAGUAAGAGAACGCCGGCUGUCAUCUUUACGUGUUCCGGCCACCGCGUCCGUCCUGAUCGCGUUGGGCCCACCAGGCAGCCAGACGCCCUCACAGCAGUUCGCAGUCUCGAAACCCGACAGUGGGCCGCCCAACUGUCGUGCGGGGCCCUACCGAUGUGCACUAGUGGUGCCCGUUCUCUCACGGAAGGGUCGACCGAGCCGCCACCGCCCUGGCUAAAUGUGACGUUUUACACAACCUAAAAGGCCCGUAAGACGAGAAAUGGGCGAGAGCUGAAACGUUAUAAGUAGAUGCGCUCUGGCGCGCUCUCGCACAUCUUACCGUCCACCCUGUGCAUUAACUUCAGGAGCUCGUGACGUUCGCCAC